UGCGGCCAGUGUGUGGUAGAAUAAAAAAAAAUCUAAGAUAAACUAUAUUUGAGUCGUGUUGUAAGUCCCUCAUUGCACACUGAAAAAGUCCUCAAACGGUGCAAGUAGCCACGCUAUGUCCAGUGACGGUAUUCAUGCACACUAUUAUUUUAAUGACGGACAACAUGCCAUGCAUUUUUAUUCGUUCUUUGCCGCACGUCUCUUUCCAACCCCACAGCAGUAUCCCUCCCGCACGGCUGUAACCUCUGUAACGCUGUAACUUUACGGGACAGUGGAUUGGUUCUGUUUCCCGAGAGAACCAUCGCUAGAUAAGAAGGGGUGACGGCGCCGUGGCCCGUGAUGGCGGAGGUGGUGAAGUGCCCAGCCUCAUAAAAAGUCUUCCGGUGCUGCUUCCCCCUCCCCCCCCCGCCCCGUCCGGCUGCUGUACAACUGUUACUACUACUACUACUACAGCCACUGCUGCGCCUACCGAGAGAGAUCGCAUCCCCGGCUCUGCUGACUCCAGCCUCUCAUCCUUAACCCCUUCCCUACUAAAACCACUCCCUCCCCACACCUAGUACCUCCGGCGACCCCCCCCCCCCUCGCCCCCUUCUUCCCCCUCCCCAGCCCUUUUCGCAGAUCCUCGACAGAGAGGCCUUUUGGAGUGAGCGACGUCUGCCAUUGCAAGCAACCAUGGCGUUCGCAGGCCUCAAGAAGCAGAUCAACAAGGCCAACCAGUUUAUGAAUGAGAAGAUCGGCGGCGUGGAAGGCACAAAGCUCGACGAUGACUUCGUGGAGAUGGAAAGGAAAACGGACAUCAUGUGCGAGCUGGUGGAGGACCUGCAGCUCAAGAUCAAGGAGUUCCUGCACCCGAACCCGGCCUCCCGCGCCAAGAUGUCCGCCGUGAAGGGCAUCGGCAAGCUCUCGGGUCAAGCCAAGGCCGCCACCUACCCGCAGCCGGAGGGCGUGCUCGGGGAGACGCUCAUCACCUUCGGCAAGAAGAUCGGCGAGGAGAACCUCUACGCCCAGUCUCUAGUUGAGACAGGUGAGAGUAUGAAACAGAUUGCUGACAUCAAGUAUAACCUAGAUGACAAUAUGAAGAUGAAUGUGAUUGAGCCUCUCCAUCAGCUGUCCACCAAAGAUAUUAAAGAAGUCCAGCACCAUCGCAAGAAGCUGCAAGGCAGGAGGUUAGACUUUGACUGCAAGAAGAGGAAAAAGGAUAAGGCACUUUACACGCCCUCCAGUAGUCCAGCUCGCAGUCCAGGCAGGGGGGCUGGGUCCCAUGUCAGCGAAGAGGAAAUCAAGUUGGCUGAGGAUAAGUUUGCCGAGUCCUUACAUCUCGCGCAGAUGGGCAUGCAUAAUCUCCUGGAUAAUGAUGUGGAGCAGAUCUCCCAGCUGGCUACCUUUGCAGAGAAUCUGUUAGACUACCAUAGACAGUGCACUGAGAUCCUAGAGGCCCUGGCUGGUACACUUCAUGAUAAGAAGAAUGAAGCCGCAAGUCUUCCCCGUUCAGAGUUCGUGCCAAAGACUCUGUCGGACCUCGGCGUGAUAGAUAGCCUGAAUGGUGGCCUUCCUACAACCAACAUCACAGGCUCGUCCCCUCUGCCUUCCCCCAUGAGCUCUGGCCAGCCCAACUGGGACCCUCUCUUCCCCCCUGGAGGCCCUCCACGCUCCACCAAUGCAUCGCCAUUGCCCUCUCCCAUGAAGAGCCCUGCUAGGUCACCCAUGAUGCAGAAUCCAUCAGCUCAGGCACUCUACGACUUCGAGCCCGAAAAUCCGGGAGAGCUGGGAUUCAGUGAGGGUGACACUAUCACUCUUACCCAGCGAAUUGAUGAGAAUUGGUUUGAAGGAACUCUUAAUGGAAAGAGUGGGCUAUUCCCUGUCAGUUAUGUUAAUGUGGUAGUCCCUCUUCCCUAAACUGCUGGCAAUGGCUGCUAAGCAUAGAAAUCUGCCUAGACCCUUUGGUACAUAAAAUAUUGUGGUUGGAAACUUAGGACAGGUUAUUGUUAUGAGAUGUACUGCCUCAUCACCUUCUUAUAGGUGUAAUGAAUAGGCAGUACUUCUUUGCAAGCAUUUGAAGUAAACUUACACUCCAUUUAGGCAAUAAGAUAAGCAUGGAAACACGUAGGUGAAGAGAACGAAUACUCCUAGUUAAAAGAAAGUAUAUAUACAUACUACCCAAUUAUUUUUUGUAUGCCUGCAAUAUUUUGAUGUGUGUGUGUGUAUGUGUAUAUGUGUGUGUGUCUGUGUCUGUGUGUGUCUGGCUGUCUAUGUGUAAGAGUGUCUGUGUCCCUGUGCAUAUGUGUAUGUAUGCAUUUGUACAUACAUACAGCAUGUAUGUCUGUUUAUUUUACUUACAAUUUGAAGCUGUUUGAAGUGAAGAGGAAUUAUUACACACAUCUGUAAGGUUUCCUAAGAGAUGUUAAGAUAGAUGUACAGCACUUGUAUAUGUUGCCCAUAAGUUUGGUAACAUUUUUUCCUUCUUAGCUUGGCUGAUAUUAGCAAAAAGAAAGUGAAGUUAAACCUGUUAAACAGAGUUAAGAUUCAAAGGGCAGUUUAAUGUUCUUUUGUGAAUUGUAAUAUUGCAAGCCUAGUCACAUUUCUUUUCAAGGAAGGUCUGCAAUUGUUAUGUGUUGAAGAAGCCAGAGGACAUUCCAUGUACUCUUCGGGUAAUAUUGACAAGUCUGGUCAGUUCAUUGCAAUGAUUUAUGUAGAUAAGGCUGUUUUGUAAGUUUUACUUUGUCAUUAUCAAUAUGCCAGGCAGAAUUUAGAGAUUAAAAGGUACUGAUUGAAGAGUUUGGAGAAAUGUAGUGUAGACAGUCUUUUAAUUAUAAAUAAGCCAAAGAGGAAUCAUGACAUACCCAAGGGUCUAGGCAGAGCAUGUGAAAGAGAUAAUUCAUCUUUCACUAUUUUUUGUGUGGAUAUUCCAGGUGUUAUAACUACCAUAAUUACCACAAUCAAGUGUCACCAACCAAGAUAUCCAGAUAUUUAAUAAGAUCAUAACUUCUCCCAGUGUUUCAUAAUGCUUUGAUCAAGUUUCGAUUACCUAUUUUGUGUAUAGGAAACUGAGCUUGCCAAGCACUACUGAAACAAAAGAAGUGCUGAUCUCUUUCCCACCAAUCAACAAAAUGUAUUAUACUUGUCAUUAAGAUACUGUUAUCAAAAAUAUGUGAUGAUAAUUUCAACUGAUGCUGAAUGAGUCAAACGUGAGCAGCAGGUUGAAGCUUUUACCAUACUUGAAAUGAGGUUUGUCAGUUUAUUCAUGACUCAGUAUUGGCAUACCAGAGAGAACAUUGCCUGCUCCUCAUUACCUGCUAUGAUGCCUCUCGUGUAAUGCUCUCAAGUCCUUAGCUUGAGGAAAUGUUGCAUACAUAGUAUGUCAUAAACUGUUAUCUGCAGCUGUACAUCUUGUAAAGAGCUCAGCAAGUAUGAAGAUAAUAGUUUCAUGUAGAUUUCUGCAGCUUUGUUGUAGUGUUUCUUGAGAAAAAUUUACAAUAGUCUGCAGUUCAUCUUGCCAGUGUAUGGGACUGAAGAGCACUGCAGAUAAUGCAAUAAUGAUGUACAAUUAUCUUAAUAACAUCCAAGAGAAGCGGACUUGUUAGUCAAAAUGGGGCAGAAGCAUCAGUGUGUUAUUCUCAAAUCCUAGUGUCUUUGAAAAGUCAGCCAAUUGUUGUCUAUGUACUAUUGUGAUGUUUUAUGUGUCUCUGAUGUUGAGUGAUGGACUUGAAAGUUGUGUUGAAGUUGGAAAUAUCUGCCUUUUUUAAAUAUUUUUGAGGUAUGGAGAAAGUUCUUCAGUUAUAAAUCUUGCUCUAGAGUCACCAUAGUCAUUUUUAUGUCAUGGUUUGACUGGACCGUUUUAUAGUCUAUUGCACUGUAACUAGCAGUUGUUUACAUUCAGGCUGUCAUUGAGAUUCUGUGGAUGAUGAAGAGUAUUAAUUAAACUUUAUAUAUUUAACUUGAGAUUUGUAUUGAGUCUUAUUUUCAAAGAUGGACCAAUUCAUGCUAUCACUUGUGAUACUGGCUUGACUGCAGACAACUGCAGUUACAGAUUUAUUUAAUUCUGUUAGGCAGUUGUUGCAUAUUGCUAGAAAGUUUGUCUGCUGAGCAAGAAUAAAAGUACCUACCCUAUUUUCUAGAGAUUUGAUAUUUUUGGGCACAUGUUUAAGUGUUAAGAACAAGGAGUGAUGGAAUAUUCUUAAGUAAUGUUAUUAAUAUUCAUUCCAGUUUUACUUAAUGCUAUACAUAAUUAUUACAAAUGUUAAUGCAUGUUGAUUACAUGUUAAAGUAAUUUAGAUGCCAUAUAUUGAUUACUAAAUCAUGUUUGAGAGAAAUGGCAAUAUUUUUGUCAGAAUCCAUUUAUUUAUGGAAAAGAACAUUAAUACACAGAAAAAGAAUGCAUACCAUGAUCUAAAGUUUAAUUUAAUGAAAACUCAUAAUAUCAUGACUGCCUUUAGAGUUUGGUUGUACAUAAUCUAUUCUUUUGUAUCUAUUUAUUUUGAAGAAACCAAUUAAUAUAAGUGUCACUGUAAAUAGACUAAAUUUAGAUGUGCUCUAGCCUAGCAAGUUGGUUAUGAAGAUGGAGUUUGUGACCAUAGCAUGGUUGACCUGUAAGUCUUUCCUUUUUUAAUCCAGCCACAAAGGGCUGUCAUGUUGACAUUCAGUUUUGUAUGAUAAGGUAAAUUAGUGCAGUUUUGUGUCACUCUUUUUUACCCAGAAUGAAUAACAUGGCCAGAGGAGAUGCAAGCAAGGCCAAAAGAGGAUCCAGUUUCUGUCUCUCUUUUGUUGGUAACCUCUGCAUUAAAAGAACAUAUCUAUUGAGUUUGACUUUGUCAGACAUUAGAUUAGAAUGCUAAUUUUUGGCAGCUGUUUAUUGUGAAUUAUUUAUAGGUCUUGAUGGACUACCAACUUUUGGGUUCAUGUUUCCUACAUAGGGAGUUUGUAUGCGGUAAAGAGCAAAUGAUGUCAUGGUUCUGUUAGGUCAUGAAAACUAAGUAAUGUAAGUGUUGUGCAGUUCUGUACAUUGUAUUGUUUGCAAGUUUCAAGUCUACUUUCACUUUUAUUUUUGUAUAGAGACCCAGACUGAUUGAUAACUUACAACUUGAUUUUGAUACUUUUUGGAUUAAAUUUUCUUUACUUCUUAGAAUUGUGAGCAUUACAAAUACCCUUCAUCUGCAACCUUUUAGUGCUUAUGGUUUACUUUGUUAAUGAAAUCUCCAAUAUAAAAAUGCUAGUGGAUAGUUUACCUGACAAAGCUGUAUUUUUCCUUCAUAAUCUGUAGUCCUUGGAGAUACAUUCUCCAGCUGUAAUAAGUAGGAGAAUCUGAACUUAGCAAGUUAACCUCAGCAUUUUGGCAAGGCAUCCCUCCCAGCAAAGACAUUCUUGAAAUUAUUUAUUGUACAAAUAGGUUGGCACUCGAUUCUUUAAUGGAGAUUUUAAAGAUUUAUCAUAUUAAGUAUAUAAAUAAAUUAGGUGUAAAACAAAUUAUUUAAGUAAUUUUUGAGGUGUGAUCUGUAGCUCCAGAGUGAGAUGUUCCCACAUCCAGCAUUCUGUUUACACAGUGAAUAUCAACAGACUUGAAUGUAUAAUCCCUAACAAGGUUUUUAGUGAUGUAUCUAAUUUUAUGUGUCUGUUGUAGUCACCUGAGUGACAAAUGUGAGUUAGCUUGCUUACCUCUGGUCUCACUCCAGUAGACCUCUCUAUAACCCAUUUCUCAGCCUUGCUGUAUGUAACUGUGCCCCUUCUGAUGUUCACAUCUUUUAGUGCUAUUGAAUCUUCUGUAUCUAACGUCUGUACAUGUGAAAUAAACGUUGAAGAAUAA